AUUAAUUGUUGUGUGGGGUAUUUUGGUACGAGGGAACAAUUCUUGAAGUUAAAAAAAGAAAAGAAGCAAAAUCCACUACAAACGGCUAGCAACACAACACAAAGUAGUUGAGUGCAGCAGGAUAACGUUAAAGCGCGCGGUGGUAGGAGUGAAAUGGUACUACUUUUCAAUAACUUGCAGUUUUCUCGGUGGACAUUCUUCAAACACCUUACGCCCCGGAAAUACACUACUCUCUGUCAGAACAAUUCCACAUCCAAUCUCUCCCAUUUCCUAACCCUAACCUCUCGCCAGAAAGACCAAAUUCAUCUCUACGUUGACACACUUCUUCAAUGGAACAAGCGCAUGAAUCUAACUGCAGUUAAAGAAGUGAAUGAAGUUAUGGAAAGACACAUUGAGGACUCCCUCGCGAUUUUGCCUCCGUUGAGCGAUAAUUAUAUGAGUCAUAGCAGCAAAUCCAUUGAUAAGGUUAAACUCGUUGAUGUAGGAACUGGUGCAGGUCUUCCGGGAGUAGUUUUGGCCAUUGCUCGACCAGAUUGGGAUGUAACACUGAUGGAGUCUAUGAACAAGCGGUGCGUUUUCUUGGAGCACGUUGUGGGUGUUAUCGGUUCCUCCAACCUUCAAAUUGUAAGAGGAAGAGCAGAGAGUUUGGGGCAGAAUCUUUGCUACAGAGAGAAAUUUGACAUAGCUGUAGCCAGGGCGGUUGCAGAGACGAGAGUAUUAGCUGAGUAUUGUCUACCGUUGGUUCGUGUUGGGGGAAUGUUUAUUGCUGCCAAGGGUCAUGAUCCUGAGGAUGAAGUUAAGAAAGCUGAAAACGCCAUCAAGAAAAUGGGGGCAUCAUUAUUGCAAGUAUGCUCAGUGGAAUCGCAAAGCCCAUAUGGUCAGCGUACUGCUGUCAUAUGUCUGAAGGAUCGUCCCACCCCAAUGAAAUAUCCCCGUUUUCCUGGGACACCAAGUAAAGAACCAUUGUAAGAUGGAUGCUCAGUCUAUUGGCUGUAUUCUGCUGUUCUUCUGACCCAAUCCUAUCACUUUUUUUUGAACCAUUGUCUGAGAGAAGGACCCAUAUGAUGUGCACCAUCGACCUGAUUUUCGGCUCAUAUAGGACAAAUUUUUGAUAUAAUUUAUUAUAAUUGUAGUGUUCUUUUUUGAAUAGUAAGGGUCCUAUGAGUUAUGACUUUGUUAUAGUAUAUCUUGUGAUGCUACUCUACUUGCACACAUACAAAGCAUUGCAAUAUGCCUUGUCCUAUAUAUAAAAAAAAGUUGGGCCAACAAUAGUUGAUGUAUCUACUUCAAAACUUAGACGACAUACAUCAACUUUUGUUAAGCAAACUUUUUCUUAUAUAUAGGACCAAAAGGACUUUUGGUGAUUACGAUUAUGAUUUACUUUGAGUCUUUGGAGACAUUGAUGAACCUGAAGGCAAUGCAGAAAUCUCUUGUGACAAUGACAAGGGAAAUAACUAGAUAUAUAAUUGUAGAUGUCCGUUGCCAUAUGUGUGAUGCCAAUUAUCCUAGAAGUAUGUUUUAAAAGUUGGACCUUCAAUCUUUGUUUACUUGUUAUUAUUAUCUUGGAUUUGCAAUAAGUUCAGAUUACUCUGCUCAAUAAAUUUGAUAUUGUCUCAA